UCCCAUGGAGGAGGAAGACUCCGCUCUGCUUGCCAUGUUCCAUGCUGUGGCCAACAGCCGCUUGGCAGUCCGGAGCCAGCAGAAGGAUGAACCAGAUUUUACACCAGCCCAGAAAUUGGACAUUUUACGGGAUUUAUACCACACCAAGCCCCUGGUCUUCCUGGAGCGCUUCCGAACGACACCUCUCUCCCCGUUCCUUGUAGGUGGGGAAUAUUUCAGCGAUGAGCAGAUGAGGGGCCGUGACCCCCUCCUUUACGAGCAAUACAUCGGACAGUAUCUGAGCGAUGAGGAGCUGCAGGAGCUUGGCCAGUGUAAGCUGGAGGCUUCCUGCUCCCUCUCCGGCGUCCUCCUAGAUUCCUACCAGGAGCAGGUGAUCCAGCAGCGGCUGCUGGUCCAGCAGGAGCUGGAAGACGCCUGCCUAGAGGAGGAGGAGGAAGACAGUGACCAGGAGAGCGAAGACCAGGCAUUGAAUCCUGACGCAGACGAGUGGGUCCCCGAUGCAGAGGAGAAGGCUUUCCUGCGGGAAGAGUUCACCAGCCGGAUGUACCAGCACUUCCUGGAAGGCAAGGAUCUGGACUUCAACUACAGUGAAGUAGACGAGAACCCGGAUUUUGAUAACCUCGACAUUGUCUCGAGAGACGAGGAAGAGCGUUAUUUUGACGGGGAGGAACCCGAAGUCGCUGACUCUAUGGAAACGGAAGAGACGGAACGAAGACCGUAGAUCCUUGGGAGGGAGGG